AUGGAGGAGGGGGAAAGGAGCCCCCUGCUGGCCCAGGACACCGGGUGCCAGGAGGGGCCGCUCACCUCAAGCCGUCCAGGUCCCGCACCCCGAGAGGACCGGGUCUGGAGGGCAGGCCCCGGGGGAGACCCGGCCUCCUCCCUGCCCUGGGGCAUCAGCUGCCUGAAGUGUCUGACCUUCCUGUUCAACUUCCUCUUCUCUCUGUUGGGUCUGCUGGCCCUGGCCAUCGGGCUCUGGGGCUUGGCCGUCAAGGGGUCUCUGGGGAGCUGCUGGGGGGAGGCCCUGCCCGAGGACCCCCUGCUGGGACUGGUGCUGGGGGGGCUGGCGGUCAGUGCGGUGAGCCUUGCGGGCUGCCUGGGUGCCCUGUGCGAGAACGCUUUUCUGCUCCGCUGCUUCUUGGGGGGCCUUGUCGCCUUCCUGCUGCUGGAGGCCGUGGUGGGUGCCCUGCUGGUGGCCCUCUGGGGCCCGCUGCGGGACGGCCUGGAGCGCGCCCUGUGGGCGGCCAUCACCCACUACCAGCGCGACCCGGACCUGCACUUCCUCAUUGACCAGGUCCAGCUUGGGCUACAAUGCUGCGGGGCGUCUUCCUACCGGGACUGGAUGUGGAACCUGGACUUCAACUGCAGCUCCCCGGGGGGCCAGGCCUGCAGCCUCCCCGCCUCCUGCUGCAUCCACCCCGGCGGGGAUGCAGCCUCUGUCAACAAGCAGUGUGGCUCAGGAGCCCUGCGCCUGGAUGAGGACGCGGCUCGGGCGGUGGUGCAUCUGCAGGGCUGCGGCCCUCCUCUCCGGCGGUGGCUACGCGGCACAGUCCGGGCCGCGGGCGCCUACAUGAUCGUGGUUGUGGCAGUUCAAGGGGUGGAGCUCCUGUUGGCCAACCAGCUGGUGAAGGCCCUGGCCGUGCGCCGGGCGGCAGUGGGCACCCCAGAGCUGCAGGGCCGGGGGGCUUCUCCGCCGACCCCUGCCGCACGGGCUCAGGGCUGA